AUAACGGCAUCGGUGCUCGAUAACACUCUCGAGCAAUUGGCGUUUGCAACCGCCGACUUUCUGGCGUCGCAAGAAACCUAAUUUGCGUAGAAAUCUACGCUUGCAAUUAAUAAUCCUGUAGUUGCAAGUUGUUCCCAAACCAUCUCCAAGUGGUUUUUUGCUACAAAAGAGUGAAGAUAUAGCAGUGGUUCCAGCGGAUUGGCCACCGGUUUCUCCGUUUCGAGAAUUCUCGACGGUUUGUGUGGGGAAAGAGCGCGCUUAACCCAAGAUUGGAGCGCUAUCAGGUGUCCAGGACAUGGAGGAGGAGCCUGUUGCCAACGAAAAUGGUUUCCAGAUCAUUGUUUCUGACACAAUUGGUCAAAAGACGAAUCGCGUGGAUAACGAUAAGGCCCCAAAUCCGUUCAGCAGAAGCACUUAUCCGGAAUCUGGGGAUGGCGGCAUCCUGCAAAGAUAUAUGGCUGAGACGCAGCUCAUCGCUUUGGUACGCAACCAGCCGCUAUUGUAUGACCCCCGGCAUCCGAAAUUCCACGACGUCGCUCAAAGGGAGAAAAAAUGGAAAAAAAUCGCCCACCGCCUGGCAACUAAUAUGGACAACUGCAUGACAGCCUGGUCAGAGCUGCGCUAUAAAUUUCAGCGCCAUGUUCGUCGUCUAAGGGCCUUUCAUCGCAGUGCCAUCCAAAGCGAUCGGGCGGCCCUGCGUCCGUGGCGUCCUUGCAUGCAAUACGAGGAGGAGAUGCGCUUCCUGUAUCCCCAUGUGUCCAGAUACCCACUGAUUGUCGACAAGGCCCAGCCGACAGAGAUUAUUGAAACAGAGCAGGUGGUUGCGAGUGAAACCCUGCCCGAUGUGGAGUUGGUGGAGGUUCCGCCAGUUGACAUCAUAGAUGUUGAUCUCGAGGAGGACCCCACCUAUAACUACCGUUGCAGCAAGUUACAGCGUCGCCUCAUAGAGGCAGUCAAUGCCUAUCCCCUUCUGUACGAUACCACGUAUACGGGCUAUCAGAACACACGACAUCGCGGUCUAAUCUGGAGUGCCAUUUCCAACGAAGUCCAUGACAAAGCCACCAAGCUGAUGAAGUGCUGGCUAAAGCUGCAGACUCGCUACGAAUGGGAGUUAAUCCAUCGCCCACGUAAUAUCGGCACUUCGGAGCUGUGCCGGUUGAUGGACUUUAUGGAACCGCACAUACAGCGCAUGCGCGGCACCGUAUGCAAGGCUUCCAAGUACCUGCAAAACGGUUGGCACGAGCCCAUCGAGCACUUCCACAGCGUGGUGGCGCUGAUCAACACGAUGCGCAGCAUGCCAGAACUAGUUCAGCUGACGGAGGACUCACUGUACAAAAAGGUGAAACCGCCGCGCUACGACGAGCUCUGGCAGAAGGUCGGCAUGGAAGUGAUGAGCGGUCACGAGCGCUGCGAGGUCACCUGGCUGUUGCUGCGCGCCUUUUACCACGAAUUGCAGGCCAUGCGCUUAUCCGGCUAUCAGCUGCAAGACAAGUGGUUCUUUGAGGGCUCCAUAAGUCAAGCCCUAACGCACGUUGCCUCUUAUUCCACGGCCCGUCCCGCACUAAAGCGCACUGCCAACGGCGCCAUAACAUUGGCGGGGGAGCCUCCGGCCAAAAUACAGGCGCUGGCACGUAUGCCAUUGGCUAUUGUCUAUCCGCCCACCACAAAAGGCAGCAGCACAAGCAUUUCUAACAGUGCAAGCACUGCCACAAGCAUUGGCCCCACCUUCCCCAAUGUCAGGAGGUCCUCUGGGCCAGCCAUUACCAACACAUCCGCCGCCGCAACCAACAGCGUCAGUUCGAGUGUAUCGACCGAUCAAGUUCACACCACGUUUGUGAUUCCCAAGAUCACGUCCGCCAUCAGUGUGAGCUCGGCAUAUAAGAUACCCCCAAAGCUUUCGCCCAACGUACGAAUUUCGUCCAAGGCGGCGGGAGCUAUGGGAACGGGCGUGUCCCCCAUUGUCACCACCAAUCAGAUGGCGGGCUUAAAUGCAAAGCCACAGAUUCCUGGCUUACAGGUUAAGCUCCAUACGAAGACUCAAAUGCCCAGUAUCCCUCAAAUGGCACCAGUAGUCCCCCGCACUGUAAUUCGAACGACGAAUCCAACCAAUCCAGCUCAAACUCAAGACAGGGUAUACGGAGGGCCAGUAUCGACACAGGUAGACCUGCUAAGCGGAACGCUUAGAUCACAAAAUCCAUCGUCAAUACGUUCACCACCUACGCAACAUACACUGCCCAAUUUUGUACCAAUAACAACACAAUCGAAUAUUACUGCUAAAAGCAAUCUGCCAACACCCACUGCAGCUCCUAUGGUACAAAUACACCAGCCGUUCAGCAAGCCAAUGGGAUCACUGUCAACCACAUCUUCGCCUGCAGCUGCUCCUAUUGCACCACCUGGGGAACCAGCGAGAGCAAAAACAAUACCAACAAAGUCCAAAUUGCCAGCAACAACACUAGCAAACCCCAAAAAAUAUCAACCAAUCGUACCGGCAGCAGUACCUACAGCAACCAGGAUGGCUAAACCUGCAGCAGAACCAGCAACUGAGCUACCUGUACCUACGCCACCAACCGCCACUGGACAAAAAACUCGAGUCAUACGUAAAACACCAUUAUUUCCUAAAUCUGCAACACAAGCUGCAUCUGACAAAUAUGCCACAAUACGGGGCACAUUAGCAAGCCAGGCUAAAUCUGUGGGAGCAGCACUAGAAACAGUGGACAUGGAUAACAUAUCAGCACCAGUGGCAACACCAGCCAAAUUGCCGACUGUAGCCAAGGCAACAACAGCAUCGCAGUCAGCUAAGGAAGCAACUGCAGCCGGAUCCGCAUCUCUUGGCAGUCAGCCGGAGCAAUUGCCGCUCGGCGACAUAACCGUGUGUCUGCACGAGAAUGCCACCACUGGGAAUGUAUUGCAAAUUUGGUGCUGCAACCAGGCUACUCGGUAUAAUCUUAAUAUGGUUAGGACGGCGACGCUGAUCCGCGAGGUGAUGGCUGUGCCGCAGCUGCACAACGAUAAUCCACAGUUGGCGGACAAGUGCGUUGAGUUCUGGCAGGCUAUCGCCAAGAAGUUUCACAUGCCAGAGGAAGCUUUGCGCGCAUGCUGGCAAUUUUUGGCGAGCAACAUGAGUGUGUUCCCUAUGAUUGCGCCGAUGUCGGAACUGAUGCGCCCGUUUAAGGCCAGCGUAAAAGUGUGGGAAAAAUCGAAUCGCUUGUUUGGCAAAUUUGACGAGAUAGCGCUAAAGUACCAGUGGUUGAAGCACAAGGACGUAUUGCCGGCAGUAAUACGCUUCUUCGCGAAGCACGAGCAUCUCUACAGCGAUUUGCGCAAGCCGCGACCUGGCGAAGAUGCUCAAGCUUCGCCCCAGUUAACGAAUCAGGAGAAGCAGGAGGUGUGGCGGGAGGCCCGCCUUAAAUUCCCAAAUCUCAAUCAUCGGGAUAUUUGGUCAAUGUUUAAGUUCGCCUUCCGCACAUACCUGGAUGAUCUGGAGCGCGGCAUCGAAAAUCCCUGGCCACAUAACUGGUGGCAGGCACUGGAGCAACUCAGGUUUCUGGUCAAUGUGCGCUACCAUCCGCUCGAGCCCUACUACUAUAUAGUGCACAACAAGAUAUCAGAGGAGGUGAAGCGCUGCAGCAUGUACGAGGCUCUAACGUCCUCCGAUCCUACCGAUAAGACCAAAUCCGCACCGACCAGCCUUUUAACGGGCCUUACCAAAGAACCCAUGCCAUGGGAGACGGAGGAGGCCAAGCGCUUGCUUACCGGCAAGUUGAAUAGCGUGCGAAGUGUUGCUACGCUCACUCAAAUUACUCCAGCUCCGGCUCCGGCUCCGGCUUCGGCACCCGAUGCCCAACCUAUUCCUGUACCUGAUGGCGUUUCCGUGCCCAAAGAGACAAGCGAAAGCGAGCCAGCGUCAAACGCCACCGUCAAGUCUCAUAAAGACAAGAAUAUCUCGACCGCCCGAAAGCGGUCGACCCCAGCGAGAAAUGACACCUGCCCCAAUCUAUCCCCCAUUGAGGCGUUUGAGUUGUGUAAGCAACUACGUAGCCAACCAAACACCUACGAGCGGGCGAGCACUCUGGACAAGCGAACCGCCUGGGUUCGCGUAUCAAAGGAGUUGAAUGCCACAGUGACCGACUGCCGCCUUGGUCUGCAGUACGCUCUGCGCGAGAUGCGCAAUCUGAAGAUGGCCGAUCCAAACAAUCAAUGUACAAUGGGCCACAAGUACUUGCACCACAUGUCGGAGAUCUAUAAGCAGGUGAAGCCGAACGCCCAGCUAACAGUCCGCACGCCACAGCAGCUCAACCAGUUAAACAAAUCGCUUGCGAAGAACACUGAGGAAGUUAAACCGCUGGAGUUCCUGCCUGAGAUCAAUUUGUCCACCUGCAGUCCGGAUCUCGUGGUGAAGAACUGGUCAUACGCCGUCGGUAACUUGUCGACGGCCAGUCAGGAUGCACUGCUUGGCAAGAUGACGCAGCUGUUCUCUAAAUACGCCAAGAAGGCAAAUCCGCCACCGCCUUAGCUCUCGAAUCAUUGGCACACGUAGCUUAAGCAUUCUCUGUAAGAACUUUCGCCGUUCCAUUGACACACUUCAUUGCCACAGAAAACAUCUUAUUUAUUAUUAUGUGCAUAACAUUGAAAUGACGUUUUUUUUUUUUUUUUUUGUUAAGAGCCCUUUAGAAUAACUUGAAUAAAUGGCAAAAGUCAACUUACAUAUGAUGUUUUACACUGGGACUAUUGCAUUUAAGAUUUUCAUAGUUGUAAUACCAAACUGAAACUUAUGCAAUAAUAAACAGUAUUUAAUGUUA